CUACAACACAUGUAGGAUGACAUCAGUAGGUGUCAUUGAACGCGACUCAUCACCCAUCGCUUGCCGUAUUUGUGCGGUGGAAUCAUGUCGGAGCGGAAAGUGCUAAAUAAAUAUUAUCCACCAGAUUUUGAUCCAUCUAAAAUCCCAAAGUUAAAACUUCCUAAAGAUCGCCAGUAUGUGGUACGCCUCAUGGCUCCAUUCAAUAUGAGGUGUAAGACAUGUGGAGAGUAUAUAUAUAAGGGGAAAAAAUUCAAUGCCAGGAAAGAAACAGUGCAAAAUGAGCAGUACUUGGGGCUCCCUAUCUUCCGCUUCUAUAUUAAGUGUACACGCUGCUUAGCUGAAAUCACCUUUAAGACAGACCCAGAGAAUACAGACUAUACUAUGGAGCUUGGCGCUACACGCAACUUUCAAGCAGAAAAGCUUAUUGAAGAAGAAGAGAAGAGGUUUCAGAAGGAACGUGAAGAUGAAGAACUCAAUAAUCCUAUGAAGGUUCUAGAAAAUAGAACAAAGGACUCCAAAAUGGAGAUGGACGUACUGGAGAAUAUGCAGGAACUGAUUGAGCUGAACCAACGUCAGGCCAGUGUUGACUUUGAGUCCAUGUUGGGUCGUUACAAAGAGACAGAAGAAGAAAUCAAGAGGAGACAGGAAGAUGAAGAUGAGAAAGAGAUGAGGGCAAUGCUGGCUGAAAAAAGGAGGAUACUAGUUGUAGACUCUGACUCUGAUGAAGAGUUUACCUCGGCUACACCUACACAACUGGCAAACAUCAACCCAACUGAAAUCCUAACUGAGAUCUCGAACACCAAGAAGAAGCAUUGUGGUGAAUUACCCGAGAGCAAUAACCAGAAACCUAACCGUCGUCAGCUACUUUCAGGCCUUGUAAGAAAGCAGCAGAAGGUUGCAGUAACUGGCACACAUACUGUGACUCCUACCAAUAAUACAGAUGCAGAAAAGGCUGCUACUCAUGUUACAGAUACAGCGGACCAAUGUGAAACAAUAUUGCAAAGCACAGGUAGCACAAGUCACACUCCAUCAGCCACACCAACUAUUGGAGCAUCUGCCCUGUCCUUGCUCGGUACUUACUCGGACAGUGAGUAAAGACGACUUUGACAAAGAAAAGAGUGGGAAUCCUCUCUACCAACUUUUACCUUUCGUUUGUUGUUAUAGCAGAGCCACUCCCAGAAAUGAUCAACUGUUCUUUUUCCCCUGUAUGCUUAAGACAGUAAAUGUUUACUUUUAUAUUGUUUUUUAUAUUCAGAAUUACAUUACAUUAUAUUAUAUCUUAAAGGUUUAUAAUUUUUUUUUUUUUACAUAACAUUAUUUGAAAAGAACGGUCCGCCAGGGGCAUCUAAUGCACACAAGGCCAUACAUGUGACGUCUUUGUAGACAAGUAGUCAAUACAUAACUUAAACCACACUUUACAGUAUGUACAUUCUUUUUACUACUCCUGAAAAAUAGAUGAAUCACAGAAACAUUUGCAGAAAUUUGCUUUUACUUUGUCUGAUGUAUAAUAAAGGUUGCCCACGUGGUAAAAGACUUA